GUGCAAAUUUCAUUCUAUCCCUCGGCCGCUAUCGCGAUAGUCGUGUGUUGUGAGAAUUACAAUUAUUAGUUAUUCGAAGAGGUCAUAAUGCCCCCCAAGACGAGCGGUAAGGCUGCGAAGAAGUCUGGAAAGGCGCAAAAGAAUAUCAGCAAAUCUGACAAGAAAAAGAAGAAGCACAAGAGGAAGGAGAGCUACGCUAUCUAUAUUUACAAAGUGCUCAAGCAGGUCCACCCGGACACCGGUAUCUCCAGCAAGGCCAUGUCUAUAAUGAACUCGUUCGUUAAUGACAUUUUCGAGCGCAUCGCCGCCGAGGCUUCCCGUCUCGCCCACUACAACAAGCGUUCCACGAUCACGUCGAGGGAGGUGCAGACGUCCGUGAGGCUUCUGCUGCCCGGUGAGCUCGCCAAGCACGCCGUCAGUGAAGGCACUAAGGCCGUCACUAAGUACACUAGCUCCAAGUAAGUUAGAAAUUAUUUGGUUGCACGGACGUUGACGGCGAAGAAGAAGUUCAAGAUGUUGUGUGACGACGACAGCGACGAUUCCUUCGUUCGUCUUCUCCGAUUCUCCGAAAGGAGAGAGACUAAAAGGCCCUUUUCAG